CCCCCUCCCCCUCCCCAGUGUCGCGAGUUGGCGCCGCUGCCACCCCCUGGUCCGCGCUCUCGGCCACUCGGCCGGGCGGUACCGAGCCCUCCCGGCACUCCCCUCCUCUCCUCCCUCCGGUCCUCCGGCCUGCCUUUCCCCGCGGCACUGCCACCCCCCCACCUUCGCCUCAGCCCUCUUCUCUCCCCGCCGAGCCGCGGCGGCAGCAGCAGCAGCAGCCAGAGGAGGAGCCGGAGGCGGCGGUGGCCGGGGAGCCCAUGGCGUACAGUCAGGGAGGCGGCAAGAAGAAAGUCUGCUACUACUACGAUGGUGAUAUUGGAAAUUAUUAUUAUGGACAGGGUCAUCCCAUGAAACCUCAUAGGAUCCGCAUGACCCAUAACUUGCUGCUAAAUUAUGGCUUGUAUAGAAAAAUGGAAAUAUAUAGGCCCCAUAAAGCCACUGCUGAAGAAAUGACAAAAUACCACAGCGAUGAGUACAUCAAAUUUCUACGUUCAAUAAGACCAGAUAACAUGUCCGAGUAUAGUAAGCAGAUGCAGAGAUUUAAUGUUGGAGAGGAUUGUCCAGUGUUUGAUGGGCUCUUUGAGUUUUGUCAGCUUUCAACUGGUGGUUCAGUUGCUGGGGCUGUGAAGUUAAACCGACAACAGACUGAUAUGGCUGUUAACUGGGCUGGAGGAUUACAUCAUGCUAAGAAAUCAGAAGCAUCAGGAUUCUGUUAUGUUAAUGAUAUUGUGCUUGCCAUCCUUGAAUUACUAAAGUAUCAUCAGAGAGUCUUAUAUAUUGAUAUUGAUAUCCAUCAUGGUGAUGGUGUUGAAGAAGCUUUUUAUACAACAGAUCGUGUAAUGACUGUAUCAUUCCAUAAAUAUGGGGAAUACUUUCCUGGAACGGGAGACUUGAGGGAUAUUGGUGCAGGAAAAGGCAAAUACUAUGCUGUCAAUUUUCCAAUGAGAGAUGGUAUAGAUGAUGAAUCAUAUGGGCAGAUAUUUAAGCCUAUUAUCUCAAAAGUGAUGGAGAUGUAUCAACCUAGUGCUGUGGUGCUACAGUGUGGUGCAGACUCACUAUCUGGUGAUAGACUUGGUUGCUUCAAUUUGACAGUCAAAGGUCAUGCUAAAUGUGUAGAAGUUGUAAAAACUUUCAAUUUACCAUUACUGAUGCUUGGGGGAGGUGGAUACACAAUCCGCAAUGUUGCUCGAUGUUGGACAUAUGAGACUGCUGUUGCCCUUGAUUGUGAGAUUCCCAAUGAAUUGCCAUAUAAUGAUUACUUUGAGUAUUUUGGACCAGACUUCAAACUGCAUAUUAGUCCUUCAAACAUGACAAACCAGAACACUCCAGAAUAUAUGGAAAAGAUAAAACAGCGUUUAUUUGAAAAUUUACGCAUGUUGCCACAUGCCCCUGGCGUCCAAAUGCAAGCUAUUCCAGAAGAUGCAGUUCAUGAAGACAGUGGAGAUGAAGAUGGAGAAGAUCCAGACAAGAGAAUUUCUAUUCGAGCAUCAGACAAACGGAUAGCUUGUGAUGAAGAAUUCUCAGAUUCUGAGGACGAAGGAGAGGGAGGUCGUAGAAAUGUGGCUGAUCAUAAGAAAGGAGCAAAGAAAGCUAGAAUUGAAGAAGACAAGAAGGAAACGGAGGACAAAAAAACAGAUGUUAAAGAAGAAGAUAAGUCCAAGGACAAUAGUGGUGAAAAAACAGAUACCAAAGGAACCAAAUCAGAACAGCUCAGCAACCCUUGAAUUUGAGAGUCUCAUCACUUUCAGUGAGAAAAUAUUGGGAAGAAAAAUGUUUUCUUUUUGAAGACUUCUGGCUUCAUUUUAUACUACUUUGGCAUGGACUGUAUUUAUUUUCAAAAUGGCUUUUUUUGGUUUUGUUUUUCUUGGCAAGUUUUAUUGUGAGUUUUCUAAUUAUGAAGCAAAAUUUCUUUUCUCCACCAUGCUUUAUGUGAUAGUAUUUAAAACUGAUGUGUUAUAUGUCAAAAAACUGCUCUAUUAAAGAAGUAAUUGGCCGUUCUGAGCUGAUUUUUCCAUCUU